AUGGCAAGUUUUAGAAAUAACACAAAUGCCGACUGGUUACUGGAUCCCCUGAGCCCUCAUCUGGCUGCAGUCUACACACUCAUCGCCUGCCUGGCUGUGCUUGGUAACGGCAUGGUCAUCACUGUUAUUCUGCUCAGACGACAAGUGUUCUGCUCCUUCACCAAUCGUCUCAUCUUACACCAGUCUAUCAUUGACUGCCUUGCUGGAGUCAUGUUUUUCUUACACCUGGUCGUUAUAAAUGCUAAACAUAUUUCAGUAUCCAUCGAGGAUACCUUAAAGGAUCAACUAGUCUGUCGCUUUUUGUAUUCGGGUUUCGCGCUUUGGUGGGUCAAUGUGACAUCCACGUACAAUCUUGUCAUGAUAUCGCUGGAGCGGUUUAUGGCGACUUGCCACCCGGUGAAGCAUCGCAAUACCUGGUCCGCAGCCAAGCUGAAGUUUGCAGUGGGCAUCGCAUGGGCUACCGGCUUCAUCUACAGCGCCCACUUUGUGUUUAUAGCUGAACCCCAUCAGGGGCAUUGCCGACCGACAGAACUGGUAACCAGUUUGAAGAUUUUCGAAGCUUCAGCGGUGAUUACUAUCGAAUACUUGGUGCCCAUGACCAUUCUGAUCUAUACAUACAGCCAGAUAAUCAUCACGCUCACCAAGAAAUCUGCUAAUCCAAUGAACGGUCCUCGGAAUGUCAUGAAUAAAGCUAAGAAGAACGUCCUCGUUACAACGCUGCUGAUAGGUGUUUUGUUUACAGUGUUCUGGACACCAUCGGAAAUCUUGUAUAUUUGCCAACUAUUUUCCGGGGAUUGGGACAUUUUGUUUUACUCCCUGAUUACCAGCUUGUUGGCCUGCAACAUGUUGGUCAACCCGAUCAUUUACUGCUUCAAGUACGAUCAUUUUCGGUCGGAGUUGAGAAACCUGGUCAUCGGGAGGUGUCGUAGAAACCGAGUGGAGGACGGGGAUGCCAUUCCAGCGCCAGCCGCUGCCCGGAGAAUGAACACAAAUGAAGCAGUCAUAUCACUGUAA